UCAAGAAAUUCGAUGUGUUCCCAAAGAGUAACACAUUCUUGCCAUGAGAGGAGAAAAACAGAGGUUUUCAGCAGAGAAGGAAAAUUACUGAAAAAGGAUGUAGAGUUUGAAAAAAAAAAAAAAAUACUAUGGAAAGCCUGCCAUAUUAUUCUGAGUGUGACUGCAGGCAAAGAAAUUUGGGACAAGUCCUAACGCUAACCCUCUGGUUUUUGUUACGGUGUCCUGCAACAUUCGCGAUCUCAUAGAAUUAUGCUCCUGUAAUUCCUGAGCAGGUCUGCUCACAGACCCUUUGCCCACACCUCCUUCCACCAACUCCUUUCCCUCACCCAGCCUUCCCCAUUAAACUUCUCUGUGACCUUAACAUAGGGAAAAGAGGUUGCAACAUGUAUACUUUUUCCACAGAAGAGAUGAAGUUCUUGGAGAAUUCAUAGCAGAAAUCACUUUUUUAUGUACUACAUGGCACAGAAGUCCGUGCCAGAAUUAGAGCCCUUAUGGCUGUCGCAAAAUAAGCCUAAAGUCAUUUCUAUCUCCAGUAUGGGUGGAUUUGCUUAUUGCAGCUUUUUGUUAUCGUCACAGCUCACCUACUAAGAAUACAUUUCUUGUGAAGAUUUUAAGUGGAGACAUCUUGAUGCAAGCAUACAACCCCAGCCCUGCUGGGACCUGUUGUCUGCACUGGCUACUUCCCAGCGUGUUUAAAAGUUCCUUGCUGGUGUCCUCCACUGCCCCCAGGUGUUCCAGCACAGCUGAUGUCAGAGCAGGGCCCUGUCCCCAUGAGACCCUCUAGCGUCCCUAGCUCUCCGACCUCUACCUUGCUAACAACUCCCACCAUGCCUUAGCACCUAUUUAUCUAAAUCUCCCUUAGCUGACCUGUUUCACAUCUCACAUCUUCACAUCACACUGGGUGAUAACCCAUGUUUUCCAUUCUCAUUCGUCUCUUGUUGACAUCUAGAUGAAGGACCUGAAGGAUAAGGAGGUGGGAAAUGGGGACCAAACUUUCCAAGGUAUUUGUCUGCAAGUAUGGCAAGAUACUUGCUGGGGUGUUCAAAAGCAUUUAGCUGUACAAAAAGAAGCCCCUGUGUAUAAUGCUCAUUGCUGUAGCCAGAGGACGAUACAAGAUGCUCCUCUGUCUUUUUGCUACUGUCAGGCUUACUGCCCAGGGUGGGCAGACUUGAGCAGCCAAACCCCUCCUUUCACACAUGAGUUGCAGGUCCCUUUAAACUCACUUUUAAUUUAGUUAUGCCUGCCAUAGGCUUACUAAAUGCUAGCACUUACCAUCUCAGCUGUGUCCUCUGAGAAUGAGCUCGAGUUCUUCCAUGCAUCUGACAAUUAUCAUUGUUGUCUACAGCCCCCACAAAAUGCCUUCACUUUGUUUUACUGCCAGGGCAUUUCGCUAGAGAUACUCAAUGAGCAAAGUGUCUUUCUCAUCUCUUGUGAUUAAAAAUAAGGUGAAAUACAUGCGAACUAAUAUAUUUUAGUUUAAAAUCCACGUGCCUUUACUUUCUAGAGAUUUACUUAAGGGUGGAAGAAGAAUGUUCUCAGGUGAGCCUGAUUGGGGGCCAGCUCAUUGAAACAGAUGCAGAUCAUUUGGGAGUGGGAGGGGAAAAUUGUGCAGAGAGGAUUAAAGAGCCUUCAGAAGAUGCCACAAGGAAGUUUUCCAGUCUCUUGUCCUAGUAACGGUUUCUGGUAUCUUAUUAUGCCAUCACCUAUUCCGUUUAAUAGCUUUCUUCCUUUGGAGCUCUCCCCAUCUGCGGACUUAAGACCUUGUAGCAGCCCUGUAGUUAUCCCUGGCAAAGAUGGAAAAGCUUUCCUAGGAGGGACCCCCUCACCCAGGACACGCCGCUUGCCCCCACGCUUGGCCUGGUGCUCCAUCGACUGGGAUCAGCUCUGCCUCCUGCAGCCCCUGGGCUCUGGGGGCUUUGGGGCUGUCUACAAGGCCACCUACCAUGGUGUGACUGUGGCUGUGAAGCAGGUAAAGAAGAGCAGCAAAAACCGGUUGGCAUCCCGACAGAGCUUCUGGGCUGAGCUGAACGUAGCCCGACUCCAGCACGAUAAUGUGGUGCGUGUGGUGGCUGCCAGCACCUGUGCCCCUGCCAGCCAGAACAGCCUGGGCACCAUCAUCAUGGAGUAUGUGGGCAGUGUCACCCUGCACCACGUCAUCUAUGGCACUAGAGAUGCGUGGAGGCAGGGCGAGGAGGAGGAAGGAGGAUGUGGGAGGAAGGCUCUGAGCAUGGAGGAGGCUGUAUGCUACUCGUGUGACAUUGUGACUGGCUUAGCCUUCCUUCACUCGCAGGGCAUCGUGCACCUCGACCUGAAGCCUGCCAAUAUCCUUAUCACUGAGCAGGGAGCGUGCAAGAUUGGAGACUUCGGCUGCUCCCAGAGACUGGAGGAUGGCUUGUCCCAGAGCCACCAUGUUUGUCAGCAAGGAGGCACGUACACCCACCGUGCCCCUGAGCUCCUCAAGGGUGAGAAGGUCACUGCCAAAGCAGACAUCUACUCCUUUGCCAUCACCCUCUGGCAGAUCAUCAUGCGGGAGCAGCCCUACCUGGGCGAGCGGCAGUACGUGCUCUAUGCCGUGGUAGCCUACAACUUGCGCCCUUCUCUGGCAGCCGCCAUCUUCCACGAGUCACCCGUGGGCCAAAGGCUUCGCAGCAUCAUCAGCUGCUGCUGGAAGGCUGAUGUGGAGGAACGCCUCAGUGCGGCCCAGCUGCUCCCCAGCCUCGGGGCCCUGAAGGGGAACCUCUAGGGGAACUCAAGGUUACUCUCAACUUCUUUCCCUCCGCUUUUCCUUCAAAACAAUGACUGUAGCCUCUUUGACUGUUGAUAUUUUUUAUAUUUAAAAAAAAAAAAGAUGUUUUGUUAUAAGAAAAUAAAUAAAGACAUUAAACAAUUUUUUUUUAAAACUACAGAGGGGAUAGAGAGGCAAGGAUCAAGGUGUUGGUGAGAAUAUAGCUUUUUUUUUUUUAAGUGGCUCUUUUUUAGUUGAUCUCUGUGUGCCACCUCAUUUAGAGAAAAAGCUGGGGACAAAGAGAAAAAUAGUUUUCAAGAUCAGAAGAAUGCUGUUUCUGGAAGGCGUUUUGUAUAUAGUAUUUUCUGGUGUUUCCAAAUUUGAGACGUGUAGUUCUUUAGGUUAACUGGGCCUGUGCAUCUGAGCUUUUCAUAAACAAACACAGUACCGAUGUUUGUUGUUGUCUAUCUUUUUUCCUGUUCUUAGGUAUAGGUACACUGUUUCUGAAAUGGAAAAUGUGAAAUACUUUAUCUCCCUGUUGAAAGGAGGGACCUUCUUACAUUUAAUAGCCUCUGACUGACAAGAAGGUGAACAUAUUAACAACCUGUGCUUUUACAAGGUUCCAGUCUUUCCAUGCUACCAGGUGUUUGUUGGAACUGGCUAGUUGGUAUUUUGUGAACUGCAGUAUCUGAAGAAUUAUGAGAGCAUCUUAUGUGGAACAGAAAGUUCCUAGAUCUAGGAGAUAGAGUAAAUUUAAAAAAAAGAAAAUAUGAACAGACAGGGAGAUGCAUAGAUGCAGAAAAGUCAAACUGGGGGAGGAGGGCAAGAAAUUACUCUCUCUCCUUAAUGUGUGGGUCAGUACCAGAUAAGACACCAAGCAUACAGAAAAAGAAGAUUGCUUAAAGCAGUAAUAAUGAUACUUUGCCAGUGCUUAAAGUGUAUGUUGUUGAUCACACCUCUGCUCACGACUGCACUGUUUCUUAUCUGUCUUCCCUGAUCUGGUUGUAAGGUGUCUGGGAGAGGAACUGCUCUAGGCAAUGCUACAGACAGAGAGUUCUGGUUUUUGAUUUAUCAAAACCAAUCAUUAUAGAUCUGUCUAGAUCUCAGCCCUUAUCUGGAAUUACAAAGAUCUGGCUGCUAUAGCUGAUAUUGUCGUUCUCAGAAACUGUACUUCUUUUUAAGACAGGAGAGCAAGAGUAAUGUUUUGGUCCAAUUGGUUUUCUUUCCCUUUCCUCCCUCUUUCUUCCGUUCUGGAAAAAAAUUCCUAAGGAAUUGAGCCAUUUUCCUGGUUUCUGACAUGCAUCUGUUCUCAGCCCUGUGAAAUCCUGCAAUUGAGCAACUAUGUAAAUUUGAGAUGAUUCCAUAGGUCUUUAUGGUGUUUAGGUGGUUCCUUGAAAUUAACGUUUUAUAAAGCAGAGCUAAGCUUAACUGUUUCUUUCUUUCCUGUCCCUCCUAGGUGGAACUACAAAAUGCCUUCUGGAAUUGAGAAAAUGUUGUAAUUUCUUUUGUGUUUUCUCUGUCAGAAUAAUUAUGCCAUAAAGCCAGAACUUGUUUUUCACGUUGCAUAACUUCUCUUGAUAAACAAUAACUAUCUUACAGGAGCUAUCAUAAUAAGCCAGUUCCUCUCUGAAAUGAUUAGCUGAGGGCACAUAAAAUGUCAGAUAAAGCCAUCGGUGCAUCUCACAUUAACUUCAAGCCAUACACAGAAAUUUUCCUUCAAUCUUCAGAAGAACCCCAUUAGAAGAAGUUUUCAGUAGUUUCUAGAUAUUUAUAUGCGUUGUAUUUAAUCAUUUUACUUUCUUGACUGGCAAAAUAAACUGCUAGGAACUUGGUAUUUUGUGCUUAUUGAUGUUAUGGAGUCUUUGUGAAACAUGCAGUUCCUUUCAAAUUGCUUUGACAGAAGAAUAUGGCCAAGACCUACUCCUGAAGUGUAAUUGACACUGCAGAUGCCUCUGUCAACUUCAGUGGAUUCUCUUUCAGGAUAGAGUGAGAACUCUACAUGGUACUUACUUAAUAUUCAGGUACAUUGUAAUAUGCUAUCAUAACAAUGUGGUUGCUUUAUUUUAAUGGGCUUUUCCUGGAAGGAAUACAGAGACCUCUCGGAGCAUGCAGAGAUGGGUUUAGAGAAGUGAAAGCCCAUCUCAGAUUGAAUCUGGUGAGGGCUGUGAAGAGCAACAGGAAGGUCUUUACAGGUACAUCAGCAGCAAAAGGAACACUGGGUUGAAUCUGGGCCCACUGAUGAAUGGGGUAGGGGAGCUGGUGACAAAAGAAGAAAAAACACACUCAGAGAAGGACAAAAUGUAUUCACCUAUUGUUUCUUCACCUCUGUUUUUAAUGCUAAGACCUGCAUUAAGGAAUCUUGGGUGCUGUGGAGACUAAUGAGAAAUCUGGAGCAAGGAUGACUUGGUAUAGGAAGGAACAGGUUAGGGAACAUUCAGACAAACAGGUCAUACGCAAGUUCAUGGGCCCUGAUCUAGAUCACCUGCAUAUGCCAAGGGAUCUAGCUGAUGUCAUUGUUAGGCCACUCCAAUCUUGAUAGGCCAUGGCAAGUAAGAGAGGCUCUGGCAGACUCACAGAAAGCAAUGUCACUGCUAUCUGCAAAUCAUCAAAAAGGAGAA